UGCAUGGUGUGUGAGACUUGUUAAUGUGUUGAAUGUAUAAUUUUCCAUUCAAUCAUCAAUGCAUCAAUGAGUUUUGCUGCUCUCUCACCCAAAUUUAACAUCAUAGAUCAAUAAAAUCCAUCCACCCUGCCAUCUAUUGCCCACAUGCCACAUAAUCACUGUCCAUUCCUGUAUCUGAUCACAUACCAAUGUCUAUGCUUGACAUAUGUAAUAAGAGCCAUUGCAAAUUUUCAUGCAGAAGAUCUCACCCAGUGUGUCUUUCUUCACCAUAAGUAAUGCACAAUUAUUAUUUAUAUCGAAGACUGUACUGAAAAUAUUUUUAUGAUUUCCAUAUCUAUAGGACUUCGGGUUCAUCACAGAUUAACUGGUAUAGCAACAAACAGAAGAAACACCAUCUUACAGACCCAAGGGAAGUUAACAACAUUGUUUGUGCUACUACAGUGGAUGCAUAACUGAGAUCUUUAGCAUCAUCACUGCAACAUGGACCAUCCAGCACAGACACCAUCCUGGUCAGAGAUUGAUGUGGAUUUGGGAUUUGCACUCUUCUUCCUGUUUCUCCUCUGCCUCUUCUUGGUCAUUACAGUUGUACGCUGUGCCCAAACUGUGAUUGACCCUUAUGGCUCUAUUCCCACCUCCACCUAUCAGGAGGAGCAAAUCACUAACUGACGGUUGCUUUGGCCCAUCCCACGUGGUGAAUACAUUACGGGUGUUGGGCCUGACCUUUUAUAAGUUCAAGUUCAACUUUAUUUAUAUAGCACAUUUACAAACAGCCACAUGGCUGACCAAAGUGCUUCAAAGUGCUUCACAAGGACCAUACAUUCAAAUGUUUUUUUAAUAGAGAUCAUAGUGAAACGAGUACAAUGAAUUGAUUGUGUCCACUCAAUAUUUUCCAUUACAGUGUCAGUAUAAAAUCUCCAAAUUAAAAUGUCCACAACUAUAUAUUUCAAAAACCACAUGCGAGUGAAAAGUAGCAGGUUCUUUAAGAUGCUUACUAAACCAAAACUAAAGGGAAGGGUGUUCUUGCCAAAUAUCAUUUAGUUUUUUACUGUUUGCUGUUCAUUUUUCCAUAUUUAAAACGUUAUUUUGUUAUAGUUGUAAAUUAUGUGCCUAAUUCUAAUUAUUAACUGUCAUCGAUUAUAAUCCAUAAAACAUUAUUAAGUUUCUUAUAAUAUCAUAACAGUCAUUAAAAACACCAGCCAUUAAAAAUAGAAAAAGAUAUCGAUUGGUUCUGAGAAGUAAUUUUGCAAAAAAAACAUGAAGACUGUUAUAAAUGAUUCAUAUUUAAGUGAUCAUUUCCUGGGUACUUUGUGUCUCUGCAUCUGGCAAAUUUUAUGUUUUAAUUAUUUAUGUCACUGUACAUAACUUUCAUCCAUGUAAAUAAUGUUUAGAUUGCAACUUCAUGAAAAAUGUUGUGAAAAUGAAAAGGGAAGGAACAUUAAAACCUGGAGUGAUGAAAGGAACACUUGUGUAAUAGGUAAAAAAUAAAGGAUAAAUAAAAUGAGAGAGUGGUCUUAGCUACUAGACCACCAGGAAGACAUGACAUGGGUGUGGGCCUCAAGUGGCUGGAUGUGGUACCCACGAGGGCCUCUAGUAAUUUCCGGCAAUUAAUACAUAAUUUUAACUAAUUCAUUAAAGACUUAAAAACAGUCUCACAUAUCAGCUGCAGAGUCACCAGUUUGCAGUCUGUGUGGAGUUUCCGUGCCUGCAGUAUGAAACAUCUAAGGUGUUGCCAAGUCUGUUCCUCUGUCCUAAGUCUGUCCCCAUGUCUAUUUUGUGUUCUUACGGUGUCCUUGGGACUGUUGUUGUGUUCAUAAUGUGUCUCCAGCUCUGUUGUUGUCUCCUCCAGGUUUCCCCCGCUCUGUUUUUGUGUUUUUUGGGUUGUGUCCUCAGGACUGAUUUUGUGUCCUUUAGCUGUCUCCAGGUCUGUUUUUUUUUUUUUCCUUAGGGUGUUCCAAGGUCUGUAGUUGUGUCCUUAGGGUGCCCCAAAAUCUGUUUUUGUGUCUUUAGACUGAUCCCAGGUCUGUUUUUGUGUCCUUAAAGUGUCCCUGGUUCUGUUGUUGUAUUUUCAAGGUGU